AUGGGUGUUUCAAGAUCUCAAUUCACAUCUGAUGGGUUCUGCCACUGGAAGCAUGCUAAUAGGCUUGUCGUCCAUGAGCAAUCAAAGGACCACAUUCAAGCAGUUUUGUCAGCAGCAAGUCGUGCAAAGGGAGAUGGAGGUAUAGAUUCAAAACUAACUACGCUUGUGGGUCAAAUUGAGCAGUAUUGGUGUAGUCUUCUAAAGCAAUUGAUCAGCAUGCUUAAAUUUUUAUGUGAAAGAGGGCUAGCUCUUCGUGGAGAUGAUGAAAUAAUUGGAUCUCCUCAUAAUGGAAAUUACUUGGGAUUACUAGAGCUUUUGGCCGAGUAUGAUGAUUUCCUCAGGCAACACAUCCAGAAUCAUGCUAAUCGUGGCACUGGUCAUACAAACUAUUUGUCUUCAACCAUCUGUGAAGAAAUUGUCAGACUAAUGGGCAAUGAAGUACUGAACGAAAUUAUCUCACGUAUAAAGCUCUCAAAAUAUUACUCAAUUUCUCUAGAUUCCACCCCUGAUGAAGGCCAUAUUGAUGAACUAACUCUGAUAAUAAUCAGAUACAUGGAGCAUGACACACCCGUUGAAAGAUUUGUGAAAUUCUUGCCAAAUCAAGGACACAAGGCUCAAGAAAUGUUUGAAUGUUUGAUGAAGUUUCUUGCAGACAAUGACAUUGACAUUCAAAAUUGUCGUGGGCAAUCUUAUGGUAAUGCAACAUCUAUGAGUGGGAGGUACAAUGGUCUGCAAGCCAAAGUUGUAGCUGAAAAUCAUCAUGCAAUUUGGUUACCCUGUGCUGUUCAUUCAUUAAACUUGGUUGGAAAGGCUGCAGCUGAAUGCUGUCAAGAAGCUAUCUCAUUUUUUUAUUUUCUUGAGGCAAUUUAUGUGUUCUUCACAGCUUCUACACAUCGUUAUGCAAUUCUUGGUGAUUUAUUGAAAACUGUAGCGUCUGGCCCAGUAUCUAUGUCAAAGAGGAUUUCCACAACAAGAUGGUCCUGUCGAGCAGUUGCAGUGAAAGUAGUUGUCCAAGGUUAUCUCCCAAUCCGUGAAGGACUUGCUAAAAUAGCUAGAGAUGAAAAUGAGACAAGCAAAACAUUUUAUGAAGCCAAUGGUCUCCAUGAUAAGAUGUGCAAGUUAGAGACUGCUAUUUAUGCUGUGUUUUGGCAUGACAUUCUCGGCAGAGUUGAUGCAACAAGUCAUGCAUUGCAAGAUCCUAAACUCGAUUUGAACACAGCAGUAGCAAUGCUGAAGUCCUUGGAAUGUUUUGUACGAGAAAAAAGAGAUUGCUUCCAUGUUUAUGAGAAGAAGGGAAGGGAAAUGUCAGAAACUGGGGAUUAUUCACAGACACGCAAGCGUCAACGUAAUGUACGACUCAAUCCAUUGGAUUAUGGACGAUCAGAAGAAGCAGCCCUCUCACAGUCAGAAAAAUUUCGGGUUCAGAAUUUCCUUCCAGCAAUUGAUCAGUUCCUGAGUUCACUGGAUCAACGGUUAAAGGCCUAUGAGGAAACCUGUUCACUUUUCGGGUUCUUGUCUAAACUGGAGUCAAUGAAUUGUGACGAAAUUGAAGCAGCUGCAGCAAAAUUGGUUGCCGAGUACAAAAAUGAUUUGGAUCAAACACUUGGAGUUGAACUUGUGCAGUUUACAGCAUUCUUCACUCAAUUUCUUGAAGACGAAGAUGAUGAGAAAGGGAGGGCACAUUACCUUUACAAGCUGUUGAUAGACAAGAGAGUUGUAGAUGCAUUUCCAAAUGUUGAAAUAAUGCUACGGAUGUACUUGGUGCUCAUGGUCAAAAUUGUUCUGGAGAACGUUCUUUCAGUAAAAUGA